UGGUAACUAUGUAAACAAGACAAUAAAAUACUUGUUUUUUCUUACAAUAAAAGGGUGUUUACCAAAAAUUAAAUUGCAUUUUUGAUUAAUACUAUGGAUAAAAACAAAGUUCUAAAGCUUGAUAAUUUAAGCAUACAGCACACACUUAGUGAAUGGUGGCAUAAUAAUGAACAACAAAUUAGAGCAGCUGAAGAUCAACAAGAAUGGGCUCAACGAUUAACAUCUGAAGCAGAACGUUUGAUAUAUGAAACCCAUGACUCAGUGAUAAAAAACAAACUAGAAAUUGAUCAUCAGUCUAAAGUAAAAGUAAAUGACAUAGAGUUUAAGAAAAAAGAAAUCCAAAAUAAAAAAAACGAUUUGGAUGAAGAAAUUAAUAUGCUUUUGGUUUACGAAGAACGUAUAAAAAAUGCCAACAACUCCCUUGUUGGUGAUGCUAUGGACAUUAUAGCAGAGUGUCUUAAACUUAGAAAAGAGCGUAUCGGUAUUGAUUUAGUAUUUGAUGAUGUCGAGAGAGAACUAUUACGGGAACGAUUAUUAAUCGUAGGAAUUAACGACCAACUAGAAGAGUUAUUAGAUAAAGUAGUUCUUCAAUUAAGAAAAUUGAGGUCAUUUGCAUACAAUUUAUCAGUAGAUUUGGAACAUAAAGAAAACGUACUGAAAAUUGAAGCCCAUAAUGAACAACUUUCAGAUAAUAGUAUUGAAAUUUCAGUUUUAAAUUCUAAGCAUAUGUUUCUUCCGGCUAAAAUUUCAGCUGAAGAAUGGGAUCAAUAUUCUUCAAAUAUUAUAGCUGCGGCUAAUAAAACACUCGUAAAUGGCAGACCUCUAAGAGCUUAUUUUGACAAAUGCCUUAAUAAAAUGAUCGAAGACCUCGUAGACCAAGCUAACAUCGUCAACGAAACAUUGAGACAGCGAACAGAAGAAUAUCGAGAAAUAAUUGAAAAACUUCAUCAACAACAAGGCGAAGUAUUUGGUAAAAUAGAAGAUGUCCAGGAAACUAUUAAUAAAUUACAGAAAGCUAUCGAUGAUAAAGAAGCGUAUAUAGCUUUGGCGCACACUCGCCUAAAAAACCGUACACUGAGAAAAGGAAUAGAACUUUGUAGAGAUGAACUUGAAGUGAAACUACACGCUGAAGUCGCAGAGCUUGAAGAAAAUGUAAAACGUUUACAAGAAAUGUUAGCUAAUUCUUUGGAGUGUUUAAAAAAUUUAAAACAGUCGUCAGUUCGAAUUGAAACUCAAUUGAAAAUUAAAGAAAACUCUUUGUAUAUAGAUAGUGUAUUAUGCGUCAAACAACGAAACCGUAUAAAUUUUCAAACAUUUUAAUUAAUCUAAUUAUUUUGUAAAAAUAAAGUCAUAGUUUAUUA